UUUCUUUGGUUUUCAUGUGAAGAAAACUUGAAACUCAAUAUAGAGUGCCAGAUUUUCAUUUCUUGGGUUUUAGGAACACAGUAUAUGCACCUCUAAUUUCUUCAUACCAUUCAUUCCCUUUGAAUUCUGCUUCUUCCAAAUGGCUUCUUUCUCAACUUGGUUACGCUACAUAGCCAACAAGCUUGAAUUCUCCGUCUCUCUCAGUUGGAAGAACUAUAAAGGAGGUCGAAUUACUGACAGAGAAGUAGGUCAUGCCGUUUGGAAGAAUUUACUUCAGGGAAAGCUCACAUACCUACACUGGAUUAAGGGACAGGAGAUGGCCCCAACUGUAGGUGAGGCAGGGGGAACACUUCUCGUACGCAAAUUACCUGAUGCAGAUUCAACGAGUGUUUUUAUUGGAGAUGUCGUGGUAGUGAAGGAGCCAGAAAAACCAGAAAACUAUCUUGUGAGAAGAUUGGCUGCAGUUGAAGGGCAUGAGAUGCUGUCUACGGAUGAAAAAGAUCAGCCUUUCACCCUUGAGAAGGAUCAGUGCUGGUUGUUGGCAGAUAAUGAGAAGUUGAAGCCAAAGGAGGCGUACGACAGUCGAACAUUUGGUCCAGUUUCAAUGUCAGACAUUGUAGGCAGAGCCAUAUAUUGCCUACGAUCAGCAGUCGAUCAUGGCCCGGUGCAGAAUAGCGAUUUUAGCAUGAAGAGGGAUUCACCAAUAUUGGAAAUCGAACUGGAUGUGGACGAGAUGGCUAAAAAUCACAAGGCCUGAAAUAGAGAUUUUGAAGUGUGUAUGUAAUCAAUUUUUCAUUGCAGGUGAACUCCAAAUUUUUCAAUGGAUUUGGGGAUAUCGAGUUCCAAUUUGUUGCUAAUCAAUAGAUUGAUAAACAUCCAUGAGAUUUUACCUAUAUUCAGGUUUACUUCUGUCUUUCUUGAGAAUAGCAAUAAAAUGAUUACUGAUCUAUUUACCUUAUCA